AUGGGUGUGCUGCUGCGGACGAACCUCAUUUUCUUCCUGGCAUGUUUUUGUGGAUUAGUGUUUGGAAACCCAAACAGAUGCGACGAAGUGCGCAAAGUUUUCCAACUCCGGCAAAUAGGACCAAAUCAAUUAUUGCCUUUAAGUCCCAGACAAGGUUCAGACCUUCAGGUGUGCAUGUCUAAGAACCAGACCUGCUGCACCAAGAAGAUGGAGGAGAGGUACCAGGUGGCGGCCCGGCGAGACAUCCAGAACCUUCUUCAGACAUCCAGCUCCAGCCUCAAGUUUCUCAUCUCACGCAACGUGGCUGCUUUUCAAGAGACUUUUGAGGUUCUGAUGAGGCAGGCGGAGAAUUACACCAACACUGUGCUUCAAGACUCUUACGGCAACAUGGCUGAUCAGGCCAUGGGCCCUGUGCGAGAACUCUUCACCGACAUCAGUCUCUUUCUGCUGGGAUCUGAGCUCAACGUUGAUGACUUAGUGCAGCGAUUCUUUGACUCCCUCUUCCCGCUGGUAUACAAUCACCUCAUCAACCCAGGCCUCAGCGACAUAUCGUCAGGCUACGCUGAGUGUGUGAGGUCAUCAAGCCGUGAUGUGAGACCAUUUGGUGGGGCGCCAAGCCUCCUGGCUGAUCAGAUAGCUCGCUCUGGGGUCUCCGGGAAACUUCUGCUUCAGGCUUUGCACCUCGGCAUCGAAGUCAUCAAUACCACAGACCACUUACAGCUGAGCCGUGAGUGCAGACGGGCCCUGCUCAAGAUGCACUACUGUCCUCACUGCCAGGGCUUAACCCAGUCCAAGCCCUGCAUGGGCUAUUGCCUCAACGUAAUGCGGGGCUGUUUGGCAAGCAUGGCUGAGAUUGACACCCACUGGAGGGAGUUUGUUCGCUCGCUGGAGGGCCUGUCAGCUCGGAUGCAUGGACCUCACGAUUUGGAGCAAGUGCUUCUAGGAGUUCACACGCUGCUUCAUGAUGCUAUUGGACACGCUCAAAAGAAUGGACCCCGCCUCUCAGCACAGGUGCACAAACUGUGUGGCCCACCGAACAGGAGGCCCACACAGGCAGACAGCAUCCAGCACAGCAGCAACAAAGAAUUCACUCCUCUUAAAGCUCUUGUCAGAGUGUCAGGGGACUCGCUCGCUGUCAAGAGAAGGGAUUUUUUGAACAGUCUACGUCUCUACCGUACAUACUAUGGCGGCCUGGCGGAUCAGCUGUGUGUGAGCGAGCUGGCCUCCAGUGACGGACACUCCUGCUGGAAUGGAACCGACAUCGUAAAAAGCUACACCCUCCGUGUGGUGGGCAAUGGGAUUAAGGCUCAGGCAGUGAACCCUGAAGUUAAAGUGAAGGGAGCAGAUCCUGUGAUAAAUCAAAUCAUAGACAAACUGAAACACAUCAAUCAGCUGCUGCAAGGAAAGAGCAUUCCUAAACUGGGGACAUUGGACCAAAUUGAAACAGGAAGUGGAGAUGCAGAGGGGCGUUACAGCGGCGACUGUGAUGACGAGGAUGGUUGUGGUGGUUCAGGUGGUGGCGAGGUUAAGAGGAAAGUGCAGAGAGUCCCCAAAUUGAGUCCAGAUGUGACCAGCGAUCGCAAUCAUCAUCAUCAUCAUUAUCCACCUGCCCAGGGUUCGGAAAUCAGAUCCAGGAGCCUUGGAUUGACAGGAUCUGUCUCUGUCUUGCUAUUGCCUUGUUUACACAUGCUCCUGGCAUUGUAA